UCGCCGCCACUUGCCUCGCCACGGCUGCUGGUCGAUCUAAUUUCAUAGUCGAGCACUGUUGUGACAAACGGAGUCUUAACAGCGUGUGGCGCUGAGCGAUAGCGGCUCGAUCUAUCUUUCUUUCUUCCUCCCUCCCGUGUUUUGUUGAUUGGUGUUUUCGUCGUUUUCACUCUUUUCUGGCGGAGCGAGGUGGAUUGUUACUUGUAACAAAAGCGAAGCACCCUCGCGCGCAUACAGCAGCUGCUCACUUUACGCGCAUCUUUGGCUCGAGCCUCGUCUUGUUGCAUGGUGUUUCUGGGAGCCGAAGCGGGUCAACCAAUGCAGAAAAGGGAGAAAAGUUUCGGUAUACAAAUGCUCUCCGUCCAGCCGGACACCAAGCCAAAGGGCUGUGCCGGCUGCAACCGUAAAAUCAAGGACCGCUACCUUCUGAAGGCCUUGGACAAGUACUGGCACGAAGACUGCCUCAAGUGCGCCUGCUGCGACUGCCGACUCGGCGAGGUGGGCUCCACGCUGUACACCAAAGCCAACCUCAUCCUCUGUCGGAGGGACUACCUACGGUUGUUCGGUGUGACAGGGAACUGUGCGGCUUGCAGUAAACUCAUCCCAGCAUUUGAGAUGGUAAUGAGAGCCAAGGAGAACGUCUAUCACCUGGACUGCUUUGCCUGCCAGCUGUGUAACCAGAGGUUCUGCGUUGGAGACAAGUUCUUCCUGAAGAACAACAUGAUCCUGUGCCAGACAGACUACGAGGAAGGACUGAUGAAGGAGGGCUACGCGCCGCAGGUCCGCUGACCACCCCACGACCCCGCUGCUCGCAGGAGGGGAAAGAGCUGCGAGAGGACCUGAAGGGAACAUGCAAUCAGACAUAAGAAGCACUAGUAUCCUCUCCAGCCCCUGUCCCCAUUACAUUGUAUAUACGAAGAGCCCACAUAAGGGACGGUGUACUGUACAGUUUAGCCAUAGACGUUUUUGGUAAGUGGGAGAAUGUUCGAAGACGGACCAAGACUGAUGCUGCCUGACGGCCUUAUGAAGACCAGAAAUCUCAAUGGCCCGACUUUUGUGAACUUUAACACACACAAACGUACAACCCCAAGUCCACAUCGCAAUUGCAUUUCACUUGCUUUACAGGGUGAAGACCACAUAGUAAAAAAAAAAAAAUCCAGUAUUUAUUGGCGAAUGAGAAGGACCCAUGUCAACAUAAGAUCUCAGGUUGAAUGGGUUUCCUCAUUGUCCUUUCUAUUUUUCGUUUUCAUCGUGUCUUAAUUGCGUUUCCAGCAACAAGCUAUUUGGAUAAACACAAACAGCCAAUCAGAAGA